AUGUCGGCCCCCCGGUCCCCAUACCGCCAAACCUACCGUGAGUCGGUCUCGAGACGGCGGGAGUCAAAUAUUCCCAUUGCCCCUGAAAAGGCACGCACUUCUGCCAUAUCAGCCACGGACUCCCUACCCGUUCACUAUGGCCCCCAACGUCACCGUCCUCCGCCCGGCCGCAAAACUCGUGUCAAGCCCUCGGGUGAGAGUGGUCGUAGUGGCUUUCACCCGCUUAAAUUUUUGAGAAUCACCUGGAAGUCAUCAAGUCGAGCUUCUUUGAUAUGCAAUAUAUUCUGGCCUGUUGUUCCAGCUGCUUUCGCGGUUAAAUAUGCUCUCCCGAAUGAGCAUGUCUUAAUCUUUGCUCUAAGUUAUAUUGCCAUGAUUCCUUGCGCCAACAUGGUUGGCUUUGCCGGGCAGGAGCUUUCCCGCAAGGUCAGCCACGUCUUUGGAGUGCUGAUUGAAACAACUUUGGGUUCUGUAGUUGAAGUCAUCCUCUUUAUGGUUCUUCUCAAAGGCAACCAAUUCGCGGUUAUCCAAGCCGCUAUUCUUGGCUCUAUAUUGGCAACUAUGCUGUUAUGCUUGGGAUUGUGCUUCAUCGCUGGCGGCAUGCGGCGCGAAGAGACAGAAUUCAGUGAUACCAUUACCGAAGCCGGUAGUGGUUUAUUACUAACUGCCGGCGUCGCCCUGGCUGUACCUACCAUCUUCGAUCGCUCGCUCCGAUCCAUCCUUACCGUUGAAGAGAUCGACCGCAAAACGCUUCACAUAUCACGCAUCGUAGCCAUCCUUCUCAUCAUUUCCUAUAUGGUUUAUGUCUAUUUCCAGGCUCGCACCCAUCACGGAAUCUAUGACGCCGUCUUUGAACAUGACGAGCAGCGGGACCACGACAAGCACAGGGACUUGAAGAAGGCCAAACUUACCCUGACUGAGUGCAUCGUUGCUCUCGUCAUCUCCAUCACGCUAGUAACAUUUAUAGCCAUCUUUCUUGUUGAACAAAUCGCCCCAAUUGUCGAGGAGCAUAGCAUUUCCGACCCAUUUAUGGGUCUGAUCCUUGUUCCCCUUGUUGAGAAAGCGGCUGAGCACCUAACAGCCGUCGACGAGGCUUGGGAUAAUCAAAUGAACUUCGCCCUUUCUCAUGUCCUCGGCGCUACGCUACAAACAGCCCUGCUCAACGCCCCGCUGGUUGUCAUUGUCGCAUGGGGUCGACACAAACACAUGGAUCUGGUUUUUGAGGUCUUUGACAUUUCCAUGCUCAUCCUCGCAAUCAUUACCGUCGGCAAUUUCUUGCGCGACCAGAAGAGCAAUUAUCUCGAAGGAUUCCUCUGCGUUAUUGUGUACCUCGCGAUCGCGGUCGCGGCUUUCUACUACCCUAACCCGCCCGGCCAUGGCGCUGGUGCUUCUCGAGCUGGCAUUGAGGGUGGCGCUACCGGCCACUGA